AUGAAACGAAAAGCAGAACAAGAUGAAAAGGAUUAUGUUCGAGAUGUUGAGGCUGUGGUUGGUAUACCACUACAAUUAGAAGAGAAAAAGAAGAAACGAAGAGGAUUUGUGAACAGAAAUUAUGGAACAGCAAGGAAGAGGGUCAAAACUGAAGGUGAAAGGUCAAGGGAACGCUUGGAGGUGGGUUGUUGAAGUUUUUUUAAAUUUUAAAAAAGUGGAAGUUGAGUGGAAGAUUUGUAAUGUAAUUUGCACUGAAAAUCUUCUACUCAACUUCCAUUUUCAAAAUGUCAUAAAAUGGUCUGAAAACACUUUUUUGGUACUUUUUGGGAGUGGAAGUUUGGUGGGAGAUUUUUAGUGCAAAAUACAUUGAAAAUCUUCCACUCAACUUCUACUUUUAAAAGCCUUAAAAACGUGUUUUAGGCCAUUUCGAGACAUUUUAAAAAUGGAAGUUGAGUGGAAGAUUUUUAAUGCAAAUUACAGUACAAAUCUUCCACACAAAUUCCAGUUUUAAAAACAAUCAAAAAUGUGGUAAAUUUGAAAGGCUUGAUCCUAUUUUUGAUCACUAUUGUUUAGAAAAAGCUUUUUGACCGAAAAGCAAUGCGUCGAGUGGCUGAAACGUUGGCCGAAAUUCAACGCCACAGGGCUCAAAAAGCUUUUGGCAAUCAGUAUGUUCAUGCUGUUCAACGUUGA